UUACCGGGAGAUAACCUCAAAAUUGUGGAUUUGGAUUCCUGAUCCAAGCUGGCUUUAACAUGAAUGAUGGAGACUACGAAAUUACGCAGUGGCAAAUGCUGCUAGAUGUCCUACGAUCUAACUACGGAACGAAAUGCGCCUUACUCGACAUCGCAGCAAGGAAGAAAAGCGAAAAAGAUGUUAUGUCGUAUCUGUUCAAAAAGGCGGAUUUUAGGCACAUCCUCUCUUUGUGGCUCGAGGAACGUCAGAACUCCAACAAAACAAAGUCCACUGAGAAGGCGGAGCACUUGAAAAAAAAGGGCAAUGAGGAAUUUCAGAAAAAGGAUUACCGGUCGAGUAUACUCUCGUAUACGAAUAGUGCUAGAUUUGCUCCUUGGAAAAGUAAAAUUGCAGCCGUGGCUAUUGCUAAUCGAUCUGCCUCGCUCUUCUAUUUAGGCCUUUAUGAAGAGUGUUUAAAAGACAUAGAGCUGGCUAUGGAAUUGGAAUAUCCAUUGAAUUUACGGCAUAAACUUCUCCUGCGUGAAGCUCAGUGUCAUUUGAAAGGCAAAAGAAGAAAAUUGGCUAAAAAAGCAUUAAAGAAAGCUCGUGAAAUCAUUGCCUCGAGUGAAACUCUAUCCCUUUCGAAAAAAGAUUGCAUCGAAAAAGAGAUCUCUGUACUAUCUUUGGAAGCUUUAGAAAUCAAUAAUUCUUUGGAAGAUGAAGUGAGUCCUUUAUCCCCCGAUGAUGAAAAGCCUAAAUUUCCUUUUGAAAAAAAUCCAAGUUUUCCGUCCGCGUCAGUUGCUUUGGCCCGAAGAUACAGUACUGAUAGAGGAAGAUACGUCACCGCCGAAAGAACUAUAAAAAAGGGCGAACAUUUAUUUGUAGAAGAGCCCUUUGCCUUCGUCUUGUUGGAUUCUUCAAAAUCCGAUGGGAUUUGCGGAAAUUGUUGCCGGAAAUACGGUUACAGACCUAUUCCGUGUAUAUCAUGCCCAGAGGACCUGUAUUGUUCCUUAAAAUGUUCUAAAGAAGCGUUUCUAAGGUAUCACCGCUUCGAAUGUCCUGGAAGCCAAAUGGGUUUAUACCAACAAAUCGGUAUAGCUCAUUUAGCUUUGAGAGUAUUACUUACCUGCUCUUUUACUACCGAUAAAGAGAAGUUCAACGAGGUGCAAUGCUUAGUAACAAACAUUAAUGACAAACCUCCCGAAGAUCUUUUGAUGUACGGAAUUACCUCAUUGAUGUUAACUUUAUAUCUCCGUACUUACACUGACUUCUUUACUAAUGUCAACUUGAAAUUAUGCUUCGCUGACAAAUUUUCAUGUAGUGGUACAAGUGAGGUUGACAAGUUUCAGCAUGAUGUUAUAAAUUUUGACGAUAAUUUCUCGGUCACUGAUCAGGAAUUGUACGUUAGUACUUUACUCUUGAGGUAUAUAUUACAAUUAAUUUGUAACGGGCAUGCGAUUACAAAAUUGAAUUUAACUGCAUUCAGUAAUGAUACGAUAGCUUCAGAAACACAAGAAAGAAUUGCUACAGGAAUUUACACGUCAGCCAGCAUGAUGAACCACUCCUGCGACCCGAACAUAGUACACAGUUUUCACGGCAGGUUUUUGAUUGUUAAAGCAGCCAGAGAUAUUUCAGUAGGCGGUGAAGUCUUCAACUGUUAUGGACCUCAUUUCAGAAGAAUGCCGACUAGUGAGCGGCGGAAUCAUUUAAAAUUACAGUAUCACUUUUUAUGCAAAUGUGAACCUUGUACUGAUCCUAAACUUCAGAAUUUUUUGGAACUGUUUAAGGCGUUUAUAUGUCCAAAGUGUAAAGGACCCAUUUACAAGAUUCAGGAAACCACCUACUGGUGUUUAAAUUGUCAAAAUAAAUACGCCAUUGAUUACACACGUGAUAUAAAUCAUGCAGAUGAAAUCUUUAGAGCUUCACAAAUUUCUAUUGAGAGAAGUCAACAUUUCGAAGCCCUCGAACAACUGCAAGAAUGCUUAAAUAUAAGAAGAAAUAUUUUAUAUCCACUUAAUGAAGACAUUACAAUUACGACAGAUACCAUUGGGAAAGUUUAUGCUAUGUUGGGACAAUGGCGGAAAGCCAUUGAAGUUUUAGAUCGCAACAUCAAGAGCAUUGAAAUAAGAUUUGGAUGCGACAGUAUAGAAGUAGCCAACGAAUUGAACAAACUAACUGACAUUUAUAUCCAAUGUUUGCGUCAAGAAGAGAAUAUCAAGAAAAAAAAGCAUACAAUUGGAAAAAUUCAGAAACUUCUGGAUCGCACUGAAGAAAUUAUUAGUUCUAGUUAUGGGCCAUGGCACGAAAGCCUUAAAGAUGUAGUAAACAAAAGAUUGGAAUUAUAUGCUGCACAGGAAGAACUGAAAUGAGGAAAUACAAAAUUAAACAUACUAAA